AUGGGAGUGGAUUUGAGACAAGUGGUGGCAGGUGUCCUCACCCUCACGAUGUUUGUCAUGCUUGGAAAUAUGAUCAAAAGAGACCACUUUGAUUCACUUCAAGAAAAGCUUCCAGGAGGAUCGGAAGAUUCCAAUUUUGAGAAUGCUAAGUUUGAUGCUACUCACGUAAAAAAGAAUAUAGGACUUUGGAAGGGAGACGUGGAUGACCUAAAACCGUGUUGGGUUAAGCCAUCUGCUGAUGAUGUGGAACAGACUGAAGGAUUUGUUACUUUUGCAUUAACCAAUGGCCCAGAAUACCAUAUUUCUCAGAUAGCAGAUGCAGUGAUUGUUGCUAAAAGUCUAGGGGCAACGCUUGUGAUACCUGACAUCAGAGGAAGCCAACCUGGUGACAAGAGGAAUUUUGAGGACAUUUAUGAUGUCGAUGUGUUCAUGAAAAGCAUGGAAGGGGUGGUCAGAGUGGUAAAGGAUCUUCCUGCUCGAAUAUCAACACGGAAUAUUGCUGCUGUGAAAGUUCCUAAUCGGGUUACAGAAGAUUACAUAUCUGAACAUGUGGAGCCAAUAUACAGAACAAAGGGAAGUGUAAGACUUGCAACUUACUUCCCUUCAAUAAACAUGAGAAAGGCCGGGAAAAAAGGCGACACUGAUUCUGUUGCAUGCUUGGCAAUGUUUGGAAGUUUAGAGUUGCAGCCAGAAAUGCAUGAAGUGAUUGACUCAAUUAUUGAAAGACUAAGAACCUUAAGCCGAAAUUCAGACGGUCAAUUUAUAGCUGUGGACUUGAGGGUUGAUAUGUUGGACAAGAAGGGAUGCCAAAACAGUGAUAAUGAUGGGGAGAAAAGCUGCUACAAUGCACAAGAGAUUGCAGUAUUUUUGAGGCAGAUUGGUUUUGACAAGGAGACCACAGUUUAUGUGACUGAAUCAAGGUGGGAUAGCAGCCUUGAUUCUCUCAAGGAUUUGUUUCCUAAGACGUACACAAAAGAAGCCAUCAUGCCUGCGGAUAAGAAGAGAAAGUUCCUGGAAUCUGAAUUUGAGAAGGUGAUUGACUUUUAUGUUAGCGCAGAGAGUGACGUGUUCGUUCCGGCAAUUUCAGGUCUGUUCUAUGCAAAUGUAGUUGGAAAGAGAAUAGGUUCUGGAAAAACACGCAUAUUGGUUCCGGCUUUAUCUGCUUCAGCCUCCAAUUUUCUCUCUCCUUAUGUCUCCAACAAAAACCACUUUGCUUAUUCUUGUUACUGUUAG